AACUGUGAGUCGUGGUUAUUGAUUUUGUUCAUUUUGUAACACAACAUAAACACACUCCUCGACAAGUCAAGAUCAACAGCGUCCGAAAGGCAGCGCUGAUCAUCGGGAUGUGAGACCACACUUUCUUCGACGUCCACGCCAGAAGUCACCGCGAUGGCAUUUAUUCUCGCAAAUACGUGAAAGGGCGGAGAAUCUCAGGGACAUUAUCAGCUGACAUGGAGAAGCAGCGCCGUUUUGAACUGUGCGUGCUGCUGAGCACUUUAGCCGCAUCUGUGCAAACUUACCAGCUCAGAGAGGCCACCGUGUACUGGAAUGCUGCCCAGAAAAGUGUGAUCCUGAAGGAGGGGGUGAUGGAGACGGAUGGGGGAGCGUACGGCUACUUCAAUGACACACUGCUCCUCUCCGGGUGGGGUGUCCUGGAAAUCCGCGCCGGUUAUGGGGGAAUCCCACAGGGAGACGAGACCACCUUCUUCCUGGCCGGGUACCUGGAAGGUUACCUCACUGCUGGACAGAUGUUUACUCAUUACUCCAACAUGUACCCUCAGCUGAUAAAGAGUGAGAAUGUUUUGAGUCCGCUGAAAAAGUUUCUGAGCACUCAGGACCAGUGGGCCAGGGAGCAGGUGAAACUCAGGCGACACCUUGACGCCCUGUGGGAGCAUCUGGGACUGAUCCUGGCCCAGCUGGACGGGCUCCAUGCUGGAGCUGCACAGUGGGCCAAGAGCAGACACAGAGAGGUGCGACUGUGUGCAGGAGAGUUGAUGAAAGGGUUAUCCACAAUGUUGUUUCACUCAACUCUCUCACAUCUCCCUCCUGCCCAGCCUCUGCCAGUGUUUGCGGUUCAGUUCCUGAAUGGCGUUGGUGACCUCCUGGACCUGGUCCCAGCUCUGAAACCUCGCGCCAACUCCUCCACAGGGGCCGACACUUUCAGGAUGCCGGGCAUGGGCCAUUGCACUGCUCUCAUAAAGGUGCUGCCAGGCUUUGAGAACCUGCUGUUUGGCCACUCCAGCUGGUACACUUAUGCAGCCACCAUGCGCAUCUAUAAACACUGGGACUUCAGAGUGUUUGACACACACACCGCCACUGGAAAGAUGUCGUUUAGCAGCUACCCUGGCUUCCUGAUGUCUCUGGAUGACUUCUACCUGCUUGGGAGCGGCCUGCUGAUGACUCAGACCUCCAUCGGUGUCUUCAACACCUCCCUGUUCUCCCAGCUCUCCCCUCACAGCCUGCUGGCCUGGCAGAGGGUACGCCUGGCCAACAGCUUGGCGCACAGCGGAGAGGAGUGGGCACAGGUUUUCUCCAAAUGCAACUCAGGAACAUAUAACAGCCAGUACAUGGUGUUGGACCUGAGCCGGGUGUCUCUGGGUCACAGCAUCAGGAACGGAGCUCUGACUGUGGUGGAGCAGAUCCCCGGCAAGGUGAUGCACUCCGAUCAGACUCCGGCUCUACGCAGAGGUUAUUGGCCAUCAUACAACAUACCAUUUCACGCUGAAAUCUACAACCUGAGUGGGUACGGCGUGAUGUGGAAGAGGUAUGGCGUGGACUUCUCCUAUGACCUCUGUCCCCGAGCCAAAAUCCUCCGCAGGGACCAGGCCAAGGUGUCCAACCUCAACUCCCUCAAACACAUCAUGAGAUACAACAACUACAAGAGAGACCCUUACUCCAAGGGCCAUCCGUGUAAGACCAUCUGUUGCCGUAACGACCUGAGACCGAGGAGACCACACCCGGGAGGUUGCUAUGACACUAAGGUGACAGACUACCAGAUGGCUCUCCAGCUGGUCGCGGAGGCAAUAAAUGGCCCCACAACACAGGGGGGUCUGCAGCCCUUCUCGUGGCAAUCCUUCAACCUGACAACUCAUCAGGGUCUCCCACACACCUACAAUUUCCCCUUCAUCACCAUGAGGCCCGCACUGCGCCAACCCGGAGAGCACAUGGGCGGAAGAUAACGUCCUGAAAUGUUUCACCGUGACACUGAACAUCCUGGUGGUGCAUGUGUUGAUAAGAGACUACGUAUGUCUCACUAAUUUGAUCAAAAAUACGAUUAAGAUCUAAAUACAAUUUUGACCAAUGUGAAGGAUUUGGGGGGCAUCUAUUGGCAUAAUAUAAUAUUCAUAAUAGUUUUUAUCAUUCGUGUAUAACCACCUGAAACUCUUUGUCUUUUUGUUACCUUAAAAUGAGUCACUUCUGUAGAGAUUGGGUCCUCUUCCAGGAAGUCCGCCAUGUUGCACCACCAUGCCUCUACAGUAAUCCAGAAUGGACAUACCAAACACUGGAGAGGAUAAGGGGCUCAGUUGGUUACAAAGUGCAACUUCGCUGCUAGAUACCACUUAAUCCUACGGCUGAAUCUGUAAUCAUUCUUUAAAGUGUAAAUAUAGACAUGAGAUCAGUUUAACUUGAUAUCCCACUCUCCAGUGUGUAGUCAAUUUGAAUGUAAUAUUAUUAGCGUUAAACAUUACGUUAUGUCAAAGCUGAUUCAUGUCCAUCUGAGGUAGGACACUAGGUUGAUUGUGAUUGUUGUCAUUAUUGUUUUUUACUGCACACGAGACAGUGAGAUGUUUCCUGCUGUGAGCACUACUGUGCUCCUCUCUCAGUGUGGGACCAUCAUGACCGUGUACUUUGCAUUAACACCAGGAUUAUUGACUUAUCAACACAGGCGUGUGCCAGAAAGUUAAGGAUGUUAGCCGGGGAUUUACAAUUAAUUUAGAUAUUAAUCUAUUUGUUUUAUUAUUCAGUUUUAACCUCUAUGCAAUGUUUACUCAGGUUUGGCAUUUGUGUAAUAAAAUUAUUUGGCUGAUUUUAUGUCAAUAUUAAAAAAUUAUAAAAUCCGGAUACCUUAUACAUAGUGGUGUUAU